UGUCAAGGUUGUUUGUUUUGGCAGAUACUCGAUUCUGGCGGUCCCGAUAGCAUGGAUUUACGAACAAAACAGGCCAGAAUAUUCAGAGAAGGUGAACGAGAGGUAUCUGACUCUGUUAACAAGAAAAAUCGAAGAAUGUAUAUGGGGGAAGUCAGUAAUACUGUACAACAGAAGCAAGCUAUAAAAAGUCUGUGCACUGACCUACCUAGUGGGAAUGUUGAUAAUUCAAGUGAACCAAAAGACAAGAUUGACAAAAAUGUCAAAUCUAAUGGAACAAAUGGCCCUCCUAUACCAGACCACACCACAACCCACAGUUCCGGUUUUAAUUUAAGCAUUUGCAGAGACUCCGACAGAACAGAUCCUCUUGGUCCACUUGACUGUUUAGUAAUUAAUAUUAAGUUUCCUUGUUUGAGUUUAUCGCCAGAUAAUAGUGAAAAACCGAUUGGCUGUCAGCCUGACCUAAAAUUACUCUAUGAAAUGGAUGCUGCUGCCGAAGGUACAGCAAGAUUCGACAAGUCUACCCGAACUCUAUGCGUCAAACUUCCCAUAAUUAAACAAAAAGAAUUCAGUCCUUGCCAAUUUGUUGAUAGUGUUGAAAGUAGUGGUGACAACAACAGCGAUGAUGGUGUUGAUUAUAAAGAAGAAGAAGGAGAAGAGGAUUCAAAAGGCGCUGAAUCUAAUUCUACUGCAAAUACUUCUAAUCCUGACUGUGUUACAAUGAACGAUACAGCUGAGAAACGUAGACGUCGUAAACGUCGUAAGCGACGAAACAAAUCAAAGUCUUCAAAUGAUAUUAGUGGGAAUACACUAAAUCCCUCAUGUAACGGUACAUCAUAUACGAAUACUGACACGACUGCUUUGUCUGCUAUGGGUGAGUGUUUAACCGAAGUGAAUAAAACUACAGGAUCAUUAAUAAAUUCACAUGAAACAAUGCUGGGAACUGAGAAUUUAGCAAAGAGUGAAGUCGUCUUAGAGCCAACCGUUAAAUCACCAAGUGUAUGUGGCAGUGAAGUUAAAGUAAAGCGACUUAAAAGUUCAGAAAUGAUUUUAUCCGAAGAUAGGCGUUUAGCACCUGUUCUUAUUCGUCAGGAUACAUCAUCCUUGACUAUUUUGUUAGAUGUACGUAAUAUACUGGCUGACUCAGUUGAGAUAAUUUGGACUGAUCGUGUCCAUUCAAAUGCCUUGGACGAUAAUAAUAAAAAUAAUAAUAAUAAAUUUCACACAUUAUCAGCUCAAUUACUCCUAUUGAUCACCUUUUCAAGUCGUGGAUCAGAUGGUUGUACUGUGGAUUGGGGGACAGUAUUGCAAUGUUCAUCGUCUAUAUCCUCCGACAAAUCCACACAUGAUGUCUGCAAAUCAUUUGAGUCGCAUAAGUGUGGAAUACUACCCUAUAAUCGUUUCAAACCAGAGGUAAUAUCUUCUCGUUUCUCUGAAACAAAUGGCAUUUUAAUUAUCCGUAAACCAAUAUGCAACUGUGACCAUUUGUCUGAUAAUCAAAAAUCAUCUCAACACUUGGCUAAUCAAGUUUUCUGGUGGGAAUCAAUUGCAACUGGGCGUUCUGUAACCACCGGUGCUAUGGAGGGUUCAUUUAUUGGAAAGGAAGUUUUAUCAUCCCAUGUCAAUUAUAAUAAUGCUACAUCAUAUUCUACUAAUGUAACGUGUCCCAGUGUGCUUACUAAAAGUGAGGCUACAGUGAAUAAUAAUAAUAAUAACAUAUCCUCUAAACCACAAAUACACAGUACAAACUCAGGGAUGAUUAAUCACCAACAGUUGAAUUCACUUCGUGUCACUGCUGUAUCAAAUAACUGUUGUUCUAUCGAAUGGAAUACCAAUGAUAAAUCUGUUAACUGUGAAAAUAAUAGUAAUUACAAUGCUAUUGAAAAGAAUAAUACUAUCUUAAAAGAUAAUCCAUUAUCGAAUACCAACCAGUCUAUUGGAUCUUCUAUUGGAGUAAAUAAUCAAGUUAAUAAGAGUAAUGGUCUGCCUACUACUACUACUACUACUACUAGUAGACGUCUAAGGUGUAAUUCCACGCCUAGUAAUUCAGAACAAAUCGAUUGUCUAACAGCGCCAGUAUUGAAAGGUAUUCUCAAACACCGUUCAGUAUCAGAAUGUAGUGGAGAUGAAGUGACUAUUUUGGAUACGAGUGAUUUGCGUGCUGGUUCUGGACUAGCUGGUGACAAUCAAGAUGCUAUAUUAUCCGAAAGAAACAUGUGUCUUCGACAAUCCUUAUCCAAUGACAAAUUGUCAGUAGUAGGAAGUGAUGGUUAUCAACGACUGAGAUCUGUUAGUUUCUCGAAGCGUAAUCAACAUGUUGGUUUUUCGCCUAAAGACACUGUAGAAGCAUUACAUAAUGCUUUGUGCAAUAUACGAAAGAAAGUCACUCGGCAGACCGCUCACCAUCAACAUACAAUUGAUGUAAAUUCAAAUCAUUCAGACAAUAAAAGAAGAAGAUCCACAAAAAAAGAUGGUGAAUUAUUGAAUGAUUCUAAAAAUAACACCUGUAAAUUCGAAAAUGGCUCCUCUUCAUCUUCUAAAAAUGGAUUAGAUAAUAAGCAUAGCCGUGUGCCUGAAAUAUGUGAUAAUACAAAUCCUUCAGAACAUCUUCAUGACAGCGUAUUUCACAACUGUUCCACCCCCAAUACCCCAGAUGCCAACAACAAUGUUGACUUUAAUCAAUUCGGAAGUCUUUCAAAGAACAAUCUUGAGUCUAACGUCGUCAUUUCCGCAGACAUCCCUAGUACAGCAACAACAACGACAACACCACAAGAAGAAGAAAUCUUGAGAAUAAUUCCAGAAUGUGAUGAAACUGGUAAUAGCAGUAGUAAUAGUAGUAGUAUUCCUCAUAGGACACAUUAUACCUCAUCAACUGUUCCCUUAACUACAUUUCCUAUAUUAGAAUUAGAUGAAGAAUAAAUUUUUCCCCUC